AUGUGCAGAAAAGCUACCUGCGCCACCUGCCACAAAGUAACUUGGUGGGGAUGUGGGCUGCAUGUGCCCAUGGUCUUUGAGACCAUCCCAGAAGCCGACUGGUGUGUCUGUGCUCCCAAAGUCGAGCGCGAUGGAAAGGAGUAUCCGCCCAAGGGGACAGCGGCGAAUUGA